GGAAGCUUUUGCAACGUCGAAACAACGUGCGUUGAACAGAAGAGUAACUCGAUUGUGGUCAUUAAAGUGUAAUAUCUCGCAAGUACUACUAGACUUAGUGUGACUACAACUGCCAUAAAGCAGAGAUGGCACUAAAUAAGUCCAUGCACCCACGAAACCGCUACAAAGAUAAACCCCCGGAUUUUGCAUACCUGGCCUCCAAGUAUCCAGACUUUCAGAAAUAUGUGCACACCAGUCUCGCUGGCCGAGCAAUGCUGAACUUCAAGGAGCCAGAAGCAGUGCGGGCACUGACCUGUACCCUGCUGAAAGAGGACUUUGGUCUGACCAUUGAGAUCCCACUAGAGCGCCUCAUUCCCACUGUGCCCCUGCGCCUCAACUACAUCCACUGGGUGGAGGACCUGAUUGGGGGUCAGGGCAAACCCCGCAAGGGCAUCGACAUAGGCACUGGUGCUUCCUGUAUCUACCCCCUACUGGGAGCCUCUAUGAAUGGCUGGUACUUCCUGGCUACAGAGGUGGACGACAUCUGCUUUGACUUUGCCACCAAGAACGUAGAGCAGAACAACCUGUCUGACCUCAUCAAAGUUGUCAAGGUUCCCCAGAAGACUUUGCUAAUGGAUGCCCUGAAGGAAGAAACCGCCAUUGUGUACGACUUCUGUAUGUGCAACCCUCCCUUCUUCGCCAACCAGCUAGAAGCCAAGGGGGAGAACUCGAGGAACUCCCGGCGGCCUCCCCCCAGCUCCAUAAACACUGGAGGGGUGACAGAGAUCAUGGCAGAGGGCGGGGAGCUAGAGUUUGUGAAGAGGAUCAUCCAUGACAGUCUGCAGCUCAAGACACGCCUGCGGUGGUACAGCUGCAUGCUGGGGAAAAAGUGCAGCUUGACACCUUUGAAGGAGGAGCUGAGAAAACAAGGCGUGCCCAAGGUGACCCAGACUGAGUUCUGCCAGGGGAGAACCAUGCGCUGGGCACUGGCCUGGAGUUUCUAUGACGACGUAACUGUUCCGUCUCCCCCGAGUAAGAAGCGUAGGUUGGAGAAAGCUCGUAAGCCCCUGUCCUUCCUGGUACUCCACCCCACACUCAAGGAGUUCCAGGCUCAGGCAUCCUCCAUAGGCUGCACCUCCAGCAGCACAGUAGAGACCAUCACUGCCUGGGUGGAGAAGAUCCUUACUGACCUACGGAUCCAACACAAGAGGGUCCCAUGUGCGAAGAAUGAACAGAGCCUGGUUCUGACCGCUGUGGAGAACACCUGGAUCCACGGGCGCCAGAAACGUCGUGACCAGAACCGCCAACUCCGAGAAAUCCCCCGAGCGCUCCCUGGAGCCGCAGCGAGCCCUAAACUCACCAUACCUCAGAACUCACAAACCCAGCAGCCCUCCACACACAGCAAGGACAACCAGGAAGAUCCAGACAAACCUGCAGGUGCUCCAACCCACAAACAACAGGCUGUACAUCUGGGGGCGAAUGGGUGUGACUCGAAGGGGAAAAGUGAAAAGGAACCUCAGAUAAAGGAAGCCAGUAGUGUCCCUAAAGAUGAAAAUUGCCAGGAUGUCAACAUGGAGUCCCCCAUAUCAACAACACUGCCAAAACACCGAGUGUCAGCACUGCUUCCAGAAAAGGAAGUCCACUUUACCCCACCACUAGAAGAGCUUACCAGUGCACCGGAAGGGGAAGCUGCCAUACAGGAUGUAGUGCCAUCAGGGCAGCCCAUAAGCCCCACACUACAACACUUUCUAUUCAAGAGCCUGGUAAAUAUUAAGACAGAGGAAAAUGAUGUUGCUGUAGAGAUGCACUGGAUGGAGGGGCAAACUAAGGAUCUGAUGAACCAGCUAUGUACUUACAUGAAGAACACUCUCUAUAGAAUUGUGGCCAAGCCCUAGUGGACUUUUUUGGUAGGAGAGAGUGGACAAUUUCUGAACCAAAUUUAGUUCUGUUCCUGGGCAAUUUUUGCAUAUCAUUUCAUUGUAAUUUACAGAAACUUUGCCAAAGCAACACAUUAUGUUAUGAGGCAUAAAAGUUAACUGUUUUGAUCAUCAGUUAUUUGUAAUAAAUGUAUUUUAGUACAUA